UUCUGCUGAGCAUGCGUACUUGGAUCUAAACUUUACUUGUUUUGAAAAUAAAGUGUUUAACAAAGCAAAUCAAUUUGAGAUUUACUCACGAGAACCGCUUUGAUUUAAUAUAACAUACAUGAGACAAUAAACAGUGGUAUCGUUUUAACAUGUCAAGUGCGGUUCCUGGUGGAAAAAAGGCCGCACUCUGCAGAUAUUUUGUCAGCACUGGCACUUGCACUUACGGAGACGAGUGCCAGUUUCUUCAUCAAAAUCCGCACACUUUUCAGCAGCAGCCGCAGCAACCGAGCAUACCAAAUUCAUUUUUAAAUGGGCCCACUCUUCAAAACGGACCAACUAAUACAACUGAUAAUUUAGGUAUGCCAGUCCAGGAUAGCACAGGAAGCAAUGGUGACCAGUUCUUUAAUGCCACUUUUUCUGGAGCUGACAAUGCUCCAGAAUUUCAGCCAUUUUCUCAAAGACCAGGACCAAUAUCACGUCAGAAUAGGAGCAGUGUUGGUAUGGUUGGUAAUGGAAGCAUGAUGUCAAACAGUCCCAUGUCUCAAGCUAACAAUACCAUACCCCAGCAGCCUCAGCAAAUAGCUAGCCCAUUCAACAACUCAAGUAUGACCCCAAACAAGGCACCGAUCUCACAGAGUACUCCUCUCUCCCAACAACAGGCUGUCUUACCACCACCACAGAAUGGUCCUGUUUCUAGUCUGAUGAAUAAUGGGCAGCUUCCACCAAAUAUGAAACCAUUUAUGGGUAAUAGCAGUGGGUAUGAUUCAAGCAUGACAAGUGAAUUUUCUGCCCUGAAUCUCUCUAUCCCAUCAACUACUAAGGGAGGUAAUCCUAUGGUUUCUGAGUUCAUACCAAAGCUUUCACACAGUUCCAGUUCCCCAAAUUUCUCGAGUUUUAACAACAUGCCUCCUCCAGGACAUCAACCACCUAACACAAGUGCUACUAACCAUCUUGGAGGGUUGAAUAUCACAUCUAGUUCAAGUCCCAAUCAUAGCCCGAGAUUAUCUCCCAAUAAUUCACCACUUAUGAUGAGAAGAACCGGAUCACCAGUGGCACCCCUGAGACAGCCUAAACCCGCAGCAGGCAAUAUGGUACAAGAAAAUGUUGGUGGCACUACAUACUUCUACAAUGCUGAGGAUUUUACUCCACAAAGAGAGGGUAUUCAACUGCCAAACUUCACUAUGUUCCAUGGUCCCCCACCACAUAUUGCCCACAUGAAAGUGAAGUCAAACAUGCCACAAUUCUUCAUGCCCGAUGAACUUAAGGUGGAGAUCUUGAACAAGAGUGCAGUCACCAUGGCACAAAUAGACCUGGGACAGAAUAUUGAUAUUCCAGCUGAAGUGGAUACAUACAGGAACUUGUUCCCAUUGGAGCCUCCCCCUGAUAAUCCGCAUCAUAAAUCCAAAACAUUUGGGUACCCUACCACUUGUUACAAGGCCCUCAAUACAAAAGAUGGUCAGACAUACUGCUUGAGGAGAAUUCAUGGAUUCCGCUUGGUUCAUACUAAAUGUAUGACGUUAGUUGACAUGUGGAAGAAAAUGUUUCAUCCUAAUAUUGUACAGCUGAGAGAGGUGUUCACUACGAAGGCAUUUGGUGAUCAUUCGAUUGUGUUUGUAUACGAUUUUUAUCCAUUAGCGGAGACAUUAUUAUUGAAGCACUUCAGUCAUGCCCACCACAAUAGUCAUCAUAAUCCAUUUAUGGAUUCAUCUGCCCGACCUUUCAGUGCAGGGAAAGGUAACUCUAGUAGAGGUGGUACCUCUGGGCCUCGGCAGCAUGCAGGAUUACUCCCUGAGAGCCUUAUAUGGUCAUAUGUUGUACAGUUAUCAUCAUCACUGCGGGCAAUACAUGCAGCUGGACUCUCCUGUAGAACUCUUGACCCAUCGAAAAUCAUCAUUUACAACAAAUCAAGAUUACGAUUAAACUGUUGUGGAAUAUUUGAUGUGUUGACAUUUGACAAUAAUCAGAGCAACCCUAUGGCUUUAACUCCACACUAUCAGCAGGAAGAUUUGAUAUCUCUGGGUAAAGUUGUUUUGGCUCUGGCAUGUAAUAGUGUGAUGGCCAUACAGCGAGAUAAUCUCCAGACAUCAAUGGAACUGGUUGCCAGGAAUUACUCCGCUGAUCUCAAAAAUCUCAUACUGUACUUGCUUGGUAACCAAAACCGUCCUCGUAGCAUCAAUGAUAUUAUGCCAAUGAUUGGGGCAAGAUUCUACACACAGUUGGACUCUGCGCAGCUUCGCAGUGAUGUUAUUGAGACAGAAUUGGCUAAAGAGGUAGAGAACGGCCGUUUGUUCAGAUUAUUGUGUAAACUUGGAGUAAUCAAUGAGAGACCAGAGUUUAAUUUGGACCCACAAUGGUCAGAGACUGGAGAUCGGUACAUGCUGAAGUUGUUCCGAGACUACGUGUUUCAUCAGGUGGACGAAAAUGGGGCACCUUGGGUCGAUAUGUCACAUAUUGUUAUGUGCUUGAAUAAGUUGGAUGCUGGUUCUCCCGAGAAAAUUAGUCUGAUGUCGAGGGACGAACAAAAUAUCCUAGUGGUGAGCUACGCAGAGCUUAAACAGUGCUUUGAGAAUUCAUUCGGAGAUAUUCUUAAUAGUGCACACACCAGCGGAAUUUCCUAAUUAUGUGAUGACACAUUCUGCCAGUGAAACAGGAAAGAUAUUGAAAUAAUCUGGUUACGUUACGAAGCGUACUAUGAUACUAAUAUGACAUAUAUAACUCUUUACCUAGUAUGCUUUAAAUGACUGUGGGCAUUUUGUUAUUUUAAUUUGCCUGUAUUGUUGACUAUUAAGUAUAAAACUGUUAAACAUUGUCAGUUUUACACCUGACUAUAUAAAGUAUAGUAUUUGUAAGUGUAACAGUUGUAAGAAAUGUUGUUAUAAUAACACAGUGAGAUUUGUGAUUAUGUGAAAGGCAGCUCCACUUAUCCACAAGAUACAAGGAUUUGUUGGGUUUUUUUCCGUGGCUUCAAAGGAUAUUCUGCCUUGCAACGCUACUGGAGUACAAGGUGUAAACAACAAAAAAUCAAAAGUCUUUUCUGUUGUAUUUGAACUUGCAGUAUAAACUUGUUUAAGAGGUCUUCAGAGUACAAUGUUAAAGGUAUGAAAUAUUUUGAAAAAAAAAGCAUUUAAAUGAUGACCUAAUUACAAACUUGGCUUAAAGAAGGGAAGGCCAGAGGAACAAGUGUUCUUGCUGGAUGUUAACACCAGUUUUGUUAUGUCAUUUUUCUGCUCAAUGAAUUUGAACGUUUCAUUUCAUUUUCGGGUAAUGAUUUUGACUGCCCGCUGAUACCCACAUCAUGAUUUAUUUUCAUACGUCACAUUAUUUUUAACUUUGUAAAUUACUAGUUAAUUUAUUUUUGUGGUAUAAAAUUGUACAUUAUAUGUACAUACGUGCAUGCUGAAUCUAUGUAUAUAGUAUUAAAAGUUAUUUUUCUCUUUAUUUUUAUUUUUUUGUUGACAAUAACAAAUGAAAUGAAAUUUAUUUUGAAACCAAAACUGUUUUUUAAGUUGAAACCUUAUUGACUUGCAUUUCUGAAAUAUGUGUUGAAUAUUCUGUCAGUUUUCAUAACACAAACAUGAAUUAAGCCAUCGUUAAAUGAAGGGAUUUCAAUAUCAAGAUUACAAAGUGAAGCAUUGAUCAGAAUAGGGUGGUCAAUCUGCACUAAAAUUAAUGACAGUCUGUCUGUAUGCUGAUGUUAUAGGUAAGCCAUAUUUGUUGCUAUUGGUGGUCAGGUUAGUAGAUGACGGUGAUGAAAUGAUCAAGACAAUGUAUUCAGCACAUAUAUUAGGCAUGUGAGUGUAAAAUCAGGGUGUUGUUUUCAUGAUCUGAUCCUACAAGCUGCCUAAUGUUAUAAUAUAUGUGCAUAUAUUUUAAUAUUUGAAUGAAUGUUUGUGAAUAUGUUAACACAUGGUUGUGAAACCUUUUUUCAUUGUAUGAGUGAAAAUCCUUCAUGUAUUUUUUAUAGUACAAGUAACAGAAGACUUACAGGAAUGUUUGUUUUUGUUUUUCAAAUACGUUUUUAAAAUGUGAAAAAUUAUGAGAUAAUUGAAAGGUGAAAUGCUUUAUUUCUUUCAUGACACAAUAGUCAGCUGUGAAAUAUAACUAUAGGUAUUGAUUUAAUAUUCUGAAAGUCAAUUACCGUGGUGAUGUUGUUGCAUAAUUGGGAGAGUUGAGACGGUUAGAAAUAGGAUACUGCUGUAACAUUCCAAUAAAUCAUGCUCAUGUAUACAUAUUGUAAUCAUUAUUUUUAUUAGUUAAUGGACACAUUUUAUAAUAAAAAUAAUUGAGCUGUGUCAUGACAAAACCAACAUAGUGCGUUUGCAACCAACAUGGAUCCAGACCAGCCUGCGCCUCUGUGCAGUCUUUUAGGAUCCAUAAUGUUCGCUAUCAGUUUCUAUGCUUGUAAUAGGGUUUGUAAGCGAACAGCAUAGAUCCUGAUCAGAUUUCGCAAAUGUGCAGGCUGGUCUGGAUCCAUGCUGGUCGCAAACGCAUUAUGUUGAUUUUGUCAUGACACAGCUAAUUAUUCGUUAUUUCAACAGUCAACAUACAGCCAAGGUUUAUCCAUCAUUAAGUACUCUUUUAAAAGUGAAGAGACUUAUAAAAUUUAACUUUAUAUUAUGUUGUAUUAUUUAAUACAUAGAUGACACUACAUUUUGUGUUUUAAGUCAGUAAUAUACUUAAGUUAGCCAAAAGUUAACACGACAAAGUGUGGAGUUAUCAUAUUUUAACAAAAUUAUUACGGUAGAUACUAGCCAAAAUGUUGUGAGGGUUUUGUUUUCAUACGUUUUCUUAGGUACUUUCUUUCAUAUUCAAAAACAAGAUUGCCAAAAAAAGUAAGAAGCAAAACUUAAAGGAUUUGGCAUGAUGAAUAAUAUUAGUUAAUACAUGUUGUUAUUUUAUUGUUAUAUUCAGGUUAUAUUCAGUCUUUUUUUGCUCAUAGAAGUCAGACAGUUUUAUUGGUUUUCAUGAGGGUUGUUGAAAUAUCUUUAAAAAAAGAACAUUUAACAUUUCACUCUAUAGUUUUAAAAUAUGUUUCCAUGUCUGUGAAAAUCAAAAUAAAAAAGACUGCUAUUUCAUUUUAUGCCCAUGAAUGAAAAAUAUAAAGAUAUUUUAAUUAAUGAAUGUCAGUGAAAGAUAUAUUUCAUAUCUCACUGAUUUAAUAGUCUUUCAAUAAGAAGCACAGAUAUCAUGUUGAAUAUAGGAUUUUUACACCAGGUGAGGCUAUAUCGUUUUAAUGUCGUGAUUAGACUGAUGACCAGAGUUCUUUAAUAGGCUGACCGUUUCAAUGAAAUAACUCACCUGAAAGUAAAUGAAAAAAAAAAUGUUACUGUGUUGUGAAUUCAACAUAAGCUAUGAAUUGUUUUAGAUAUGUGCUAGUCUGUUAUGUUUUUGCAUAAUCAUAUAAUUGUUUGUUCUACUUAACCGUGAGUGUUUAUUACUUUUUGUUUUAUGGGUUUUUUUACAGACAAAAUUAAAAUGUGAACACUUUUAUAUGUGUUCCAAGUAUUUUUUUUUUAUUUUUAUAAGAAUAAAAAAAUUGUGAUAACAAAAAAAAUAAAGGAAAAGUAUUUCAUAGUAUAUAGAUUUUUUGAAACAAAACAAUAACACUUGUUACUUUUUUACACAUGUAGAAAAUUGUAAGAAUUCAGAAACAUAUUAUUUUGUCACAGUCAUUGAAUUCUACCUUAAAGUACCGUACAGGAAAACAGAAAUAUUCAGUUUUGAUUGAGGAUUUUUGCUUUAUUUAUACAACACUGUCAAUUUCAAGUUUUUUUUUUGUUUUGCACUAAUAAUAUGCCAUUGUUAAGUGUUACUUGUUGAAAAAAAGUUUGAAGUGCAAUAAUACGUACCAAAUUUGUUAUCUUGAAAGUGUGAAAGAGAAAGAAAGGCUGGACUUAUUAUGUAAACAAAGGUAGAAUAUUUUGUGAUCAUGUUUUGAUCAGGAGACUGCAUGUUAUGAUGUGAUCAUUGUUGAUAUGUUGUGAUCAUAAGAUAUUUUGUGAUCAUUAUUGAUCAUAAGAUAUUUUGUGAUCAUUUUAUUGAUGGGUGUUAUGAUAUGAUCAUUUUAAAAAUAAUAUGGUGUUAUGUUUUGAUAAUGAGGGAGCAUGUUGUGAUCAUUUUUGAUCAGGAGAUAUGUUAAGAUCAUUUAAUUAAUGGCUGGGUAACAUGUUGUGAUCAUUUUUGAUUAGAAGAUAUGUCAAGAUCAUGUAACUAGUGGCUGUGUGGUAUGUUGUGAUCAUUUUGAUCAGUAGAAAUCAUGUUUUGAUCAUAUCUACAAGGGAAUUAUAUGUUGUAAUCUAAAGAUAUUAUUUUGUGAUUAUAAGAUGGCAUUUUUAGAAAGCAUACAAGGCUGAGAAAAUGCUUAAGUCUUCUAUUAAUAAGUUGUAUGGGAAUUUCAUGUUCUGAUUUAAAUGAAUUUUCUGUGAACAAUCUUGAGGAAAUCAAUUUGAUCAGAGGCAUUUAGAUAUUCAAUAGAUAUUUGAGCCGCGUCACGACAAAACCCAACAUAGUGCGUUUGCGACCAGCAUGGAUCCAGACUAGCCUGUGCAUCCGUGCCGUCUGAUCAGGAUCCAUGCUAUUCGCUUACAAAUGCUAUAACAAGUAGAGAAGCUGAUACCGAACAGCGUGGAUCCUGAUCAGACUGCGCGGAUGCGCAGGCUGAUCUUGAUCCAUGCUGGUCGCAAAUGCACUACGUUGGUUUUGUCGUGACGCGGCUCAUUUAUACGUGAUUUUUUGGAUCAAUAUGGUGAACAGACAUAAACCUGAAGGUUGUAAUGUGAAAGGGUAAUAUUACAGGUAAUUAUAUAGUGCUGAUGUUGUAACAGUGGUCAAAACUGAUCAUGAUUGGAAACUUUUUCCUUCCUUUUUUUGUCUUAAGAUAAUCUGGACAAAUUGUUAUUUUGAUCAUGGUAUUUGUAGAUUGUUGAAAUAAUGGUACUGUUGUGUCAAUGGUAGUCUUCCAGUAAUAUGUGGAAAACUGCCGCUGUAUUUUUACUGUGAUUUUUCAAAUUUUAACACCCCAUUCAUUUUUUUCAUGGAAAACAUUUUUUAAGAAACUUUAUGUAAAAACGUCAGAUUCAAAUUUUAAAGAACGAUUUUUUGUUAGUUAACAUAUCAUUUUAAGUAAUAUUCAAUUAUGUCAUCUGUUAGUGUUACAAUCACCAAUAUAUAAAUUAUGUUAAGAAUUGGAAUGAAUUAUGGAUAAAUAUUAUAAUGAAAUUGUUUACAUGUUGAUUGGAUUGAUCCAGUGUUAAAUCAUGUUAUUAUUCAUAACUGUUCACAGCAUCUGUUUAAACUCAGGAAGAAAAGAGAGCGUAUAACAACAUAAUUGUAUCAUAACUGUUGCAUUGAGAUAAAUUUGAGCCGCGCCAUGACAAAACCAACAUAAUGGGUUGCGACCAGCAUGGAUCCAGACCAGCCUGCGGCGCAGUCUGAUCAGGAUCCAUGCUGUUUUUGCUAUCAGUUUCUCUAUUUGUUAUAGGGUUUGUAAGCGAACAGCAUGGAUCCUGAUCAGGCUGGUCUGGAUCCAUGCUGGUGGCAAACCCAUUAUGUUGGUUUUGUCAUGGCGCGGUUCAAAUGUCUUUCAUCCUUAUUUUUUAAACAAGCACUUUUCACUUUCCUUAAAACUUUUUUUCUUAAUUUUUAGAGCCGUCUUUUAUUUUUGAAGAUAUUUUUUUUCUGUCAAGUUAUACAAGAAGCUGAAUCUACACUCUGUAAGUUUUUAUCUUCAUCAUUUUGUUUAGGAAUGUCACGUUUAAAAGAGUAUAGUUGAUUUUUAGCUAAAAACGGGUUAGGAAACACAAUAACCUGCAAGUAUCAGACAAAGUGCCGAUUAAGAAAAAUAUUCUUAGCGUUCAAUAACAAGGCAAGACAUUCUAUUCGUAUUUAAGAUGUUAGAACUCAUAUAUUUUCUCUUUACUUGUAUGUUCCUCUCUUAUAGAUUAAUUAGGAAAUUGAAAUAUUUAAAUAACAUGUAUGUGAAUAAUAAGAAAGUUACAAAAAGGUAAUUCACCGAUUUGCACAAAAUGCCUCGAGUACAAAAUGAAUAAAUUUAGAGAGGAGCUUAACAUAACAGCAUUAUUGUGUAUUUUGAAUCUUUUUCAAAAAGUUAAAGUUUUUAUUUACUGAUAACUUAAUUGUUUACAAGGUUUGAUAGUCACUGUAAAAUACUUGCUGUAACUAGGUACAUUAACUAGGUACAUUAACUAGGUACAUUAACUAGGUACAUGUUAUUGUAAGACAUUUAAAUCUCUUAAAUAUCUACUUUAGCAUUAUGAUUCAUACUAACAAAACAGGAUUGUUCAAGAAAAUGAUUUUGUUACGUUGUCUUUUUUUUUUUAAUAAACAAGUUUCUUUAAUAACAGUAUCAUAGCAACAGAUAUUGCUCAUAAGGAAUGUACCUACGUAUGUGUUGACCUAUAAGCGUGAAUGAAUUGUCUAUCCUUUGUGUACAUGCAAUAUUUUUAAUAACGUCAUGCUGAUUUGUGUUAAUGUAUUUCUGUUUACGUUCUUACUAUUAUAAAAAAAGGAAAGGUUAUUUGGUUUGAAAGGAUCGUUUCAUGUCUGAAAAAAGUAUAAAAGUUAGAAGAUAUUUGUCCUAUGAAUAAACAUAUUAAUUUUUGUUUUUAUUGACCCCUCUUUAUGUAUGUGUGAUUUUGUAAAACACAAAUUUGAAGUGGUCACUUAAAACUAUGUUUAAUUAUGUUUUUAUUCGAACAGGUAAUUUUUGACUGUGCAAGAAUCUUUUUUAUUUCCCACAUUAAGUGAUGAUUUGUAAUUUAUUAAAGUACACAUUAUUUUAUUAAAUAUCUAGAUCACGAAAGAGAAAUAUAUUAAUACAUACAGCAUUUUGGUAAAAUGUACAUUUGAAAGAUUAUUUUUAUGAUGAUAAAAGUAAAAAUCCCGAAAUAAAAAUAAAUAAAACUCUUUGAAAAUGA